AUGAGGGCCACCCUGCCGCUUCGUUUGGCGAGCUCCUCGUCAAUUCCCUCUGGGUCGGCGUUGCGACAAACGCCAAUGGCUCUGCUGCCUCCAAUUCCACUCUAUCGCCGUGUGCUACGAGCUCACCGGAAAAAACUUCCCGCUGACCUGAGGUUUCUGGGGGAUUCGUACGUGAAGAGCGAAUUCCGAGCCCAUCGAAACGUGGAAAAUCCCAUUCACAUUAUCGGGUUUUUGACAGAAUGGCAACUCUAUGCUCAACAACUCGAAGGCGAUUCGUGGGCUGGUGGAAAGCUUGAUAAGGCGAAGAUUGACAAGAUGAGCGAUCAGCAAAUUGGUCAACUAUACGAGCUUAUGCAGUCAAUCAAAAAAGGUGACGGGGAUGGCAAUAAAGGCGACUCAUGA